AUGUCUUUUCCUAGUGGCCUGUAUAAUCUCAGAGCCUCCCCCGCUGCCGGACUUGGCGCUUUAUAUGCUACUGCGAACGGCCCCAACGAAAUCGUUACCGUCGCCCCGCAGUCGCCACCGUUCGUUGAGCGUCAGGUCUGGAGGAUCGAAGUCGUCAAUCCCGACGAAGAACUAUAUACCAUCACUCGCCACAUCCCUGGAAGCGGGGAAGCUCUUCCUGAGAAACCCGUCACUACUUCGGGACGGCCUUUCGAAUGGUACAUUUCGUCUUUGGACAAUGGCUCCAUCACCUUUCGAGCACCUACACGGCUUAUCGGCAUGGGGCUGUUCACUGGAACUAAUGACGAAAACCAAGUUAUCAUCAAACCCGUUUCGGUCAUUCCAGAUGGAGACGCAUCCUCCUGGCAAUUCAAGGCCGCACAGCUUGGUUAA